UUCGCUCGGUUUCGUUAUUCGCGUAAGAAAAUUGACAAGUGGCAAAAAGUUUUCGUUUCAACGAGAAUUCGAGAAAAUUGGAACAAGUCACUCGCUGAUCGAGUCUUGCCAUUUCGAAAUUGAACGUGCAGUUUAUUACGUGUUAAAAUGUCCACACGGUAUAUGAAAAAAGUGUACGGAGGUGAUGUAUUACCCGAGAAAGAUAGUGAAAAUGAGAGUGAUGCAGAAAAUUCGAUAAUUCACGACGUUAAGUCUAAGACGUUCAACGUAUUCGAUGUAUUAGAUCAGAAUUCUGAAACUGAUGAGAAAGAAAACGAAGAACAAGAUAUUGAAGAGAUUUCUAAGGACGAAAUUAAACGUAAAAAACGAAAGAAAAGACGAAAGAAGAUAGAUGGUCAAAAGAAUCAGCAAACGAUUGAAUCUGUACAGACAGAAGAUACAGAUGAAAUUGAAAGAAGUAUAAGGGAAGUAAACGAAUUACUCGGAGAACCACUUCCAGGUUGUAGUUCUCAAAAUACAAAUGAUACGCAAUGGAUAGACGAAAAGUGUAAAGAGAAUACCUUGCUGGUGCAGUUUAAACACUUAAACCCUUAUAAUGAACUUAAAAGAAUUUUUGGUAGUAAAACGGUACAAGCUCAACAAAAUAACAGAAGGAAUAGGGCCCGUUCUGGUCACCUGAGGAAAACCUGGCUAGUUUCAUCCAGAGACAAUUGGCCACCAAUCAAUCAGUCUGGUCUUUCAAUGUCUUUCGAUCACACUGUAAAAUAUACUAACAAAGUUCAAUACUUUGUGUAUGAUCAUAGUCCUACGUACAGACAAGUUCAGUUAAAAUUCUUGGAAGCUGUUGAAAGCUUGAACCCUCAAAAUAUUGUUAACAUAAUAAACACACAUUCUUAUCAUGUAGAUGCAUUAUUACAACUAGCAGAGCUCUGUCAACUGAACGAGGAUUUAGCAAUGGCUGCCGAAUUUACUGAACGAGCGUUAUAUUGUCUAGAAUGUGCGUUUCACCCAUUGUUUAAUAUUACAACUGGUCUCUGUAGGCUAGACUAUAAAAAACAACAAAAUCGUUCAUUGUUCAUAACUCUAUUCAAGCAUCUGAAUUUUGUUGGUGGACGUGCAUGCUAUAGAACAAGUUUGGAGUUUUGUAAAGUACUUUUAUCACUUGAUCCAGAAGGUGAUCCAUUAGCGGUGAUUCUCUGUCUGGACUUCUAUGCUUUAAGAGCUAAAGAAUAUGAAUGGUUUAUAAAUUUUUGCAACUUUUGGGAUGCCACAAGAAACGUGACACAACUGCCAAAUAUAGCAUAUAGCUUAGCAUUAGCCCAUUUCUAUUUAGGUGAUCAAUCAUAUGCCAGUGAACUUUUACAAAAAGCUUUAAUAAUGUUUCCGGGUGUAUUGAUGCUUUUGCUGGACAAAUGCAGUAUACAGACUGAUGAAGAGGUACGAAACCACGAAUUUUUUAACAGUAAGGUAAAUGGGUCUACAACACCUGCCCUAGAGAAAUUGCAAAAUCUAUAUGCUGCGCGUAGUUUCCGUUUAUGGAAAGAAGCAGAUCUUUUACCAUGGUUACGUGAAAACGUGUACACUGUAUUACAUCGAGUCGACGCUGAAGAUGAUUAUGUAAAAUAUUGCGAAACAAAGCGAAGCAAGCGCUAUCAAGGAAAAUUGCCAAAGAAUAUUCUGAGACAUAUUAUAUUGUCCGACAUAAAAGAUGUUACUGUGAAUGUUCAGGAGGUACAAACUGAUGGGUCGGUGCUUUCACAUGAUCCUCUUCCACCGAUGGAUAGUAUCGAUAUUUAUAAGAGACCUGCACCAAAUACAGGAUCAACACGUACAAGUUCUAAUCUUUUAUUUCUUUUUUUCACAUCCUUAGUACCAAACAUUAACGGAGUUGUAGUCGCUGCCCUCGAUGGUCUAAAUUUAUUUUAUGAUAAUAACGAACAAACGUAGUGCCGUUAUGAUGUAGUGCAAUAAUGAACAGGAAUUUAUUUCUUUACAUGAUCACGAGAACGGGACAUGAUAUAUGUAUACAUAUUUUUCACAAACAUUUAUGAAAAUAACGUCUUGUAACAGGUAUUGUAAUAUUUUGUAGCGAACACGGUGAGAUCCUAACGUUUCUUAUUUCCUUAACCACAAGGUUGUAGGUAUAUUAAUUGUUUGUACAAUCUUGUAUGUAUUGUUAUAAUUCAUACUUUGGAAGCAGUUGUCUUAUUGUGUUUUCGAAAAAUUGUAAA